AUGGUCUUCCCACAAAAUUCAUGUUUUGUGAUGACCACCACAACAAGCAUCACUCCUGAAAUGAUUGUUGGUUCUGAUUCUGCAAAUCAUUCCACAUCAACCAUGUCACAUUCCUCGACUGGAAGUAACAACAGUGGUGGUGGUGGCGGAGGAGGAGGAGGAGGAUCUAAUGGUGGUCAUAAUCGAAUGACCUCCUUUGGAUCAGGUCUCGUCAACAUGAUGAAAGUUUCAAGUUCUACAAAAAAAAUACAACAAAUGAACAGGUGA